AAGAGAAAGAGUAUGAAAGAAGAAAGAAAGGUCCCCGGGGGGGAAACAGAAAGUUGAAUUAUACAACAAUAUCGUAAAGACAAAUUCUGACAUACACAAACACACACAAAACCAAAGUGAAGCGAAUGGCGAAGGGCAGAAUGGUAGCGGACGCCGAACUCCGAACGGCAAACGUCACCGGACAUUUGACGACGCCGACACGAGCGAGCGAGCGAGCGGGAUUAUUGGCACCGUAGGGUUGUAUAACCAGCCGCGCGAUUUUGCAGCGGCAGCAGCAGCAGCAACGAACGGCGCUCAAGCGGCGCUCACUCCGCAGCGAACCUGUUCGCUGGCAAGUACACACGCGUUACGGUGUCCUGUCGGUGUAGACGCGCACGAGCGAUGGAACGACGCUAAAAGGCGAAACAACAAAACCCCCCUCCGCGGAAGCAAAACAAACCAAAACACAAAAACACACAGCACCGGGUCCUCUAAUGUCAACCGCUGUGACUACUGUGCGUGACUACUAAUAGCUCCACUCAUAGGGGGCACAACGAAUCCGGGCCAACCUUUCGGGUACGAAGCCCUGUGUCUGUGUGUGUUUGUGUGUGUCUGUGUGUGUUUUUUUUUGGGGACGGAGAGGACGCCGUAGACGCUUUGACAACUACCGGGAAAAAAAAAAAAACAAAACGCCGGUGCCAUUGUUGUGUAAAUAAGCCAGAUUUGCCACCGAACAGUGCAAACACCGAACAGUGUGAUAAGGGGUGUUGGUAGUGCUGGUGGUAGUAGUAGUAGUAGUAUUCCGGUGCUUAUCGUUUCUCCCAUCUCAUUCGACCAUCUUUCUUUGCCAUCCCGGGACUGCCUGGAUGGUGCAGCCGUGCCGCCAGCGCGCCAUCAACUAGACGCUUUGGCCGCUCCAAUCAACCCGCCAGCAACUCUCCACCUGCACUCCAGACCUCCAGCAUCCCCCUCUCCCCCUCCAACACGCCACAACACCUGCCAAAUGCGACAAUAGUAUGGAAGUAUGUUCGCCGCAAGGAGCAUCCUGUGCCGUUUAUAUAAUACUUUAAUUUUCAUGCACCUGAUCUACGUGACGCGGUCGUUCGGUGUCAUCUUCGAGGAGUAUGUCGUGGACCAAGGCCGCAAUCUGACGCUCCGGUGCGACUCGAAGCAUCCGGUGCGCUGGGUGCGGGAGGGCCGCCGGGAGGACGUGCGCCAGUUCCAGCUGGACGGUUCGCUCGUGCUGACAAACCUUACCGCAAGGGACAGCGGCCGGUACACCUGCUCGGCCGCGAUACCCACCCUCACGACGGUCGGCGUGCUGGAGGGCACCGAGCCGGACCCGUCCGCCACUGCGCCCGGCAAUGACAGCAGCACGGGGCCCGCCUACGAUGCCGGGUACGAGAACGCCACCACCGACGAGCCGGCGGACGAGCGGCCGGGCGAUGACGACGAGGAUGGCGGGUACGAUGCGUCGUCCGCCGCGUCCGAGGAGCACUUCGUCGAGCUGCUGAAGGUGAACGUGAAGGUGCGGACGCCCCCGCUCGCGGUGUCUAACUUUUACGUGCGCGCGUCCACCAUUAUCGCCGUGCUGGUGUGGGAGGUGAUGCCGAACCGGACCGGCGGGUACGCAAUACGCGACUUCACCGCCGAGAUGCGCAAGAUGCGCGAGGGCAGCAACGAGACGGAGCUGCCCUGGGAAACGAUCGAUCCCCGCCACAUCAGCCCGAACGCGCGCCAGCUCGAAAUCUACCAUCUCAUACCGAACACGACGUACGAGUUUCGGAUCUGGGGCAAUAAUCAGCUCGGGGCCGGCGAGAUCGUUACCAUCCUGGCGACGACCCAGCCGCGCAUGGAGGAGAAAGAUCUGGUCCGGCGCAUCAUGAUCGAUGCGAAAAACUUCGACACCCGCGUCUGGAUAGCGGCGGUCGGCAUCGUGAUGGGCACGCUCGUCAUCCUGUCGCUCGGUACCUGCAUCGUGCUGUACAAGGAGUGCCGCGAACCAGCCGCGAACGAUAAGGACGAGGAGCUGGACAGUCUCGAGCUGGUGCCGAACAUCAUCCUGAAUCCGGGCUUCUGCGACUCGGACGACCAGGGCCAGAACCCGCUGGCGCCACCGAUACCGCGCACCCUGCCGUACAACCGGUACCGGACGGGCGGGCCGCACGACGGCCGAGGGCGCCCGGUGGACGACGAGGACGACGAGGACGACGACGAGGACGACGAGGAGCCGAUGACGUUCAGCCGCCGGAUGUCGAUCUUCUUCACCGGCAACACGAUCAAGCGGAUUUGAGUGCAAGUAUUCCCGGUGGACGCUACUGUGUACUACUGAUGCAGCCCGAGAAGUACUCAGCCCAACACGUGUUCACGUUGGAACACAUACACAUACACACACAUCCACACACUCAUCCUGCGCUCCACACGCCAUACAAACACAGACAGUAACGCCAGCAAGGUAACGCAAUGGGUAACGAUGCGAAGGGCAGUGGAGUCAGCAACUCGGCGAUGCUACUAAGCGUACAAGUGUAGUGCUACAUUGCUUGCGGGCAAUGACGACGUUGGUGGUUAGACGUCAGCAUUCAGUUCUUUCGAUGUGCCUUUGCUGAUGAGUUCCCGUGCUUCCCGGUUGUUUUGCGUGCGCUCUGUGGACGUUUCUUCGUUUUACUUUUGCACCACCUUCACCAUUCCCUCCCUCGCUCUUCGGAGGCACGCAUUUCCCGUUUUGUGGCGGAACUUGUUUCGUAAACAAACAAACAAAAAAAGCCUGACUGACUUACUGGACAAUGUGUGCGUGUUUAAGGCUGAAGGGGGGGGGAGCGCACGUUUUGGGUUUUAUGGAAUCCACCCAGAUGGCGCUGUUUGACGCAUCUUUCACAGCAAAAUAUCGGGUGGCCUUUGCCACGCACCCCCACCAGUGAUUGCAAAAAUACAAUAAUGCAUGUGAGUCGCGUACAUCAAACCUGCUUCAACGCUCCCUUUUGUAUUACGAUCCGAGCUUGCAAAAAAACCCGUUGGGUGCUCCCCGAUCCGGGGAGCUUAUCCGCCAUCUUUUCCUCCGUACGCUAAGCACGCAUGCAAACUAUGAGUGAAAAUAACGGCUAAUGAUAUAUUUAGAUAAGAAAACACGUACUCCGGAACAUCCUCACACCCACGACAACUACAACACACAUACACACAUAUACAGAAAACACGUUAUUUCGCUAGUGAAGACUAAGUGUAGGGUAUAGCUACUACACCAAUGUGACGUACACGCGUAUAGUUAGGGUAAGGCGUACGAAGCGAAUCAUGUUAAAACAAAUCGCAAAAAAAUCCCCGCAACCGGCACAUGUUAGCUUAUCACGCUAGAGAUAACAAAAAAAGGAAGCUCAGCAAACCACGGAUGGGGGACGGUAGACUUAACAAACGUGUUUCCCCACCCCGGCACGAGCUAAUUGACAGAACGCCUCGGCCAAGAUGAGUGAGACGUAACCGAUCUACCAACGAUCGUUACAGAGUGCAAAAUUUCUCCCACUGCUUUCGUACUGACCGUUUGUGACUCCCCCUGUGGUUUAAGUGCUGGCUGCAUUAUAGUCACUGUCACAAUUCAUCCACUAAGCCCUACCAAACGCAUUCGGCGUGUUGUGCUGUGCGUGUUUCAGCAUCCGCAAUAUCCGUCCCGAAAGAUUUUCCGGUGAGCUGCAUUGCUCACCGCUAAACAGUACGAAGCAUUUAAUAUGUGCGUGUAUGUGUGUGUGUGUGUGUGCAAGCAACCUUUCGCUUUACGUCUACUAAGCUUACUAAGUCUAUUGGCAUACUAAAUGAACUGGAAGAGGUUGUGUAUGGAUAGAAGCGAGGCGCGUUGUUUACGGCGCUGCCGGUGCUACUACUACCGCUACUAUCACUACUAAGUCACUAAGGUUGCUGGCAGUGAUGGCUUCAUCCACUAGCCGACCGGCUACGUCCUACGUUUUUGCCGCUAGAGGGCAGCCUAUUGGCUUUCUUAGACCAUCAUUUACUAUUAAUAUUACUAUAAUUACUACUACUGCUACUGCUAUCACCGCUGAGACACGCACUCAUACACGCCGAGUGUCACCUACACAUACACACACUUUUACCGCCUUUAUAAUGGGUAAGUGAAGCAACGGCUCAAUCGACUGUGUCACCCAGGCGUUUGCCUGUGUCAAACAUGGCGGGACUUGUUUGUAAACAAACAACUGUGUGACAAGUAAAAAUGUGGCGUUUGUGGCACAGAAUAUGUAAACAAGUUCAGCUAAGACAGAAAGAGAGAGAGAGAGAGACAGAGAGAGAGAGAGAAAGAGAGAGAGAGAGAACAAGAA